AUGGAGUCCGAUAAUCCCAACGGAUUUAAAAGGAGCUCGAUACACCAGGCCUUCCACAGUCGUCCCGUGGAACGUCGGCCUAGCAAGAAGUCAUCCUCCCAGGAUCGCCAUGGUAUGAUCUAUCCAGACAACUUUCGGGAAGCGACCAUUCGAACCGUCACCCCAGAUUCCCAUUCCCCCCUUUCCGAACCCGAACCCCUUACCGCGAAUAGCGCGCCCUCACCCCGAACCACGAUGCGACCGCGAACCGUUGAACGGACUGAUGAAGAGACGACGGUGGAUGGCAGGACCCAGCGCACACGAUCACGAACCGCGACAUUGGAAGAACAGCGAAGCGAUAUGCCAUCCAGUGCAUCCAAAACUCGAACACGUGUCGGAUCAGUGAACGUUACCAGUUCGUCUCAGCCUAAAGUGCCCGAAGGGAAAGUGUCGGAGGACUCGUCUUCUUCCAUCGGUUUUCCAUCGAUUCAGUCUCCUACCUUCCAUCGCCAGCGAGUCAGUAACCUAUCCAGUUCCCUUUCGGGAGCAGCGCAAAACCAAGCCGCCUUCGCCUCCCCUCUAUCUAAUACUGAUGCCGCAAAGAUCCUACAACUCAUGAAGACCACGUGUGGAAGAAUGCAUGGUAUCCUCUCGUUUCGAUCUGCAACUACAAGUUCCGGGACCUCCAACGCCUGGACCUCCGGGUAUUGUGCUAUCAACGUUGCGACGGGGAGUCUGAUCUACCAAGCAAAGGGAGAACCGGCUUUGGCGAAGACUUUGAUCCCCGAUCUGCGCGGCUGUCGUGUCCGAACACUAUACGAUUCCGAGCUUCAAACCACGUACCUCAGCGUUUCCACUUUCACAUCGGGACUUGGAAUUCAACUACGACCUCACGUCCACGAGACUUUCGACUCGUGGCUUGCUGCUUUACUCUGUUGGCAACCUAUUCGUCCCAAAGGCGUUCAGAACAAGAUGACCAAGCCCCAAGAAGUUGUAAUUGGAGAGCGCCGGAUACCUGAGCGUCGACGAAACUCAGACAGCGCAGCCCAGAAAGAAGCGGCUAUCAUCAAAGUUGGAAAAAUGCUUCUAUGGGACAAACCGUCCGCAUCUGGGGCACGACCGGUCUCCGCACGCCGCGUCUCUACUUAUAGACAGUCCAGGGCUCUCUCCUCUUCAUGGCAGCGUGUGAGCUGUACCUUGCAGGAGAAUGGUAUCUUCAAGCUCUAUACCGAAUCCGAUGUCACCCUCGUUGCAUGCAUUCAACUCUCCCAAUUGUCACGCUGUUCUAUCCAGCAAUUGGACUCUUCGGUUUUGGAUGAUGAGUUCUGCAUCGCCAUUUAUCCGCAGUAUACGGCACACCCAGUCCUUGAUCCGGGUAUGCGUCCUAUCUAUCUUGCCCUCGAAACACGCGUUCUCUUUGAAGUCUGGUUCGUGCUCCUGCGCGCAUUUACCAUUCCCGAACUCUAUGGGCCCGCGUCAUCAACAGAGAAAGAGGAAGACCCGAAUAAGACUCCAGAAGCAGAAACCCCCCGAGCACUCCUCUCUUAA